AUUGCUAACAAUUAAACAAUGGAUCUGAAAGGAUCACUUGUUGAUACCAAACUUAAAAUAUUCCCAUCUGACAUUUUAAAACAGUUUCUAAAAAAUGUAAAUGGUGAUGACAUUCCUACCAACAUAUCGAGGUUUACAAAAAAUAAAAAUAAAACAGAUAUUGAAACUGAGAUAUCAGACCAAAUACAGUUAAACAACAAAGAUUUUGAGAAUUUAAAUAAGAUUAAGAUUUUUGUGGAAAAGUUUGAAAUUGACAUAGCGGAUGCGCCUAAUAAUACUUCUAAUACUAAGUUUGAUAAAGAGGAAGAGAAAAAUUCCAAACCAAUUUUAGAAGAAACUUCUGAAAAUGAAAUACAGGAAGGUGUAUUACAAUCCAGAGAUGGUCCUUACCUACUUACUUCUGAUUUAGAUUGGUUGUUUUCUCACCUCCAGAAGAGAAGGACAAAUGGUGAAGAAGACAUUCCUUACUUGCAUGUUCUUUUAGAGGGUUCCCACAUUGAAACUCCACAAAAUAAAAUAUUAAAGAGGAAUCCAGAUUUGGAAGCAAGAUGUGUAAAACUGAGGGCUCAACAAGAAGCUAGAGAGUACAGGCAAAUGACCAAGAGUGUUGACAAUGUAAGAAUGAGGUUUCCUGAAGAUAGCAUAUCUUACCAAUUGAAGCAAGUGAAUCGUCAACUCAUUGCUAUUGGUCAGUUUAUAAUCUCAAUCUUUGCUGGAUUCUUAUUUGGAUUCAAAGGUGUGGAGUGGACAAUAGGACCAGGAUCACUAGAUUUCGGAUUUCGACUCCUUCUGGGCGUCAUGUGCGCUCUAAUUAUUGCACUAGCCGAGAUUUAUUUUCUGGCUAAGAAACUAAAUGAAGAAUUAAAUGUCCCCGAGUCUACGCAGCUUGGUGGACCUCCAAAGUUUGUUGAUGAAAAAACAUAUGGAUAUGAAACCAAGACAGAUUCAACUAAACCACACCAAGAUUAAUGUAUGCUGUAUUAUUAAGUACAAUUCCUUGUUGUAAUUUAUUUGUGUUUGCUUAUUCUUUAAUAAGAUAAUAAAACUUAU